CCACGCAAAAAUUCUCUGAUGUGGAACAUCGUUCACAUUUACUGUCGUAAUAAACAUUUUACAAUUGAGUGGACACGUCCUAUACACCACGGAAAGUACGUAUAACAUUAUUUGCGAAUAUUCUGAUGAUAGUGAGUGGUGUUGUAUAGUUGUAGUGGAAUUGGUUGGUGAACGUUUGAAACUAAAUUACGGCGGGAAAUAUGACUCGCUCGGCUCGGAGCUUGGAUCCAAUUAUGAUUCUGAGGAACGCUCUGAGGCCGCGAAUAAUGAGAAUUUGAGAAACAGAAACGAGACGGGAAUGACGUUUAGCGGAGAAGAAGAGAGGGGCGCGGGGUGAGCAGGCGCGUGGCAUGUGGGUGCUGCUGACGCUGGCGCUGGCGGCGGCCGCCGUGGCCGAGUGUCCGCGCCACUGCGAGUGCAAGUGGCGCAGCGGCAAGGAGUCCGCGCUGUGCGCCCGCGCUGGCCUGACCGCCGUGCCCCCGCGCCUCGACCCCACCACGCAGCUCCUAGACCUCUCCGAAAAUAAACUGCCCACUCUUCAGAACGACGCUUUCGCCUCCGCCAACCUCCUCAAUCUCCAACGCCUCUACCUUUCUUCUUGCAACAUCAAGUUCAUCCGACAGCAUGCCUUUCGCGCUCUCGUAAACCUAGUAGAACUAGAUUUAUCAAAAAACAAUAUACAAUCCGUGCCGUCACACGCCUUCGACUCGAUCUCUGAACUUCGAGAGCUGAGGCUGACCAAGAAUUCAAUAAUUAAAAUCAAAGAUGAAGCUUUUUCAUCAGUGCCCCAUUUAGUACGGCUGAGCCUUAGUGAGAACAAAAUAGCCGAGAUAGAACCGAGGGCGUUUACAGGAUUGGAAGGUUCACUAGAAUACUUGGAACUGGAUAAAAAUAAAUUGCACGUUCUCCAUGUAGCAGUUUUAGCGCCAUUGCGGUCGCUAAAAGGAUUAGAGCUUGCUGGGAAUCCGUGGGAGUGUACGUGUGCUUUGCGACCAAUGAGGGAUUGGAUGAUAAAGAAAAAUGUGCCCGCGACAGUAGUUCCGGAUUGUUCUCUUCCUCCGCGGCUCAUGUCCGCGUCUUGGGAUCGACUGGACUUGGAAGAGUUCGCCUGUCCGCCAGAAGUCAGUGCCGCGUCUAAUAGUUUUAAAAGUGUCGAGGGUGAGGAAGUGACGUUAGUGUGUCGAGUGAGCGGCGUCCCCGCGCCGCGAGUGCGGUGGGUGCGCGCGGGCCGCCUUCUUGCCAAUUCUAGUUCUAAUAAUGUAAAUUCCGGUAGAUCUUUUAUAUUACGUAGUGAAGGGAAAACGAGUAAUUUAACUAUAAAAGCAGCAGACAUGCAAGAUACGGGCUCGUAUACCUGCAAUGCAGAAAAUCGAGCGGGAAAAGCGGAGGCGGUCGUGAGCCUCGUCGUGGAGAAGAAGCCGCAGGGAAAAGGCUUCGGCGGUCGCGCUCUCAUGGCCGGAAUGGCGGUAUCCGCAGUGAUAGUGUUAAGUUCAUGUUUGAUAGGACUGUGCGCGUAUGAGACUCGUAAGAAAAGACAAUUAGAUAGGUGGAACGAACAGAUAGUGACCACAAAUCGGCGCGAUGACAAUUACGAGAAGAUAGAGGCUAAUAUUAAAGGUGUGGUGGAGGUGCCGCGGGUGCUGCCGGCGGAGAGCGGCCGGAAGAGAGGGGACUACAGGAACGUGCCCUCGCACGACCCGGAGGACGACUGCGCGGGCUACUUGCGCGAGGAGGUGCGCGAGGAACGGGACCCAAUGACCCUGUCUUUUGACGCCGGGUGGCGGAGAACUGAGUUUGAUAACGCGGUCAGCAGAAAUGGAAUACUUGAGCGAGAUUUGCAUAUACCCCGCUUGAAGGAUUACAGCAAACGUACCGACGAAACCCCCGAGUCUGUCGCGAGCUCGACGUCGACGGGCGUGCUGAGCGCGCACGCGCACGCCGAGCACUCGGCGGCCAACCGCUACAACAACAACCCGCGCGCGCGCCCGCGCCUGCGCCACGAGCGCCUCGACAACGACCUCUCCGGCAGCGACAGCGAAAAGAACUACCCCGACCUCAUCGAGAUGAGCGCCCUCGGCACCUCCUCCUACCUCCGCAGCGAAAUGAAACACGACCCCUACUAUUUCUACACGAUCCCCAGAAGAAAAGACGGUGAGAGCCGAAGCCCCCUUUUAAAUAGUAGAAGAAACAGUUCCGGCGGUGAUUCGGGAACUUUUUCGACCGGCUCUACGAUAAGAAUCAGCCGAGGAACGUCGGACGACGCUCUAAUAGCUUCCUCGACUUAUCGUCGGGCGGUAAUCGGUUGCGACGUAAUCCGAGCUUACCCUCGUCGCCGGCCCGGGAGCAGCCCGCCGUGCCGUCCGCCACCCCCCUGCUCGACCUGUCCGGCCUCCGCGACUACACGCGCAUGGAUCAGCCGAUGGAGGACUUCGAUUUCCGUGCUUCGCAACUUGAAAAGUUUCUAGAGGAAUAU